CCCCGUUAUUUCGGUCCAGCUUCAGGGAAAUACAUUUUGCACAGAGAUAAUUCAACUCGUUGUCAGUGGGUGCAUAUACUGUAUCGGCUACUCGGAACUUGUGUCCUAAUUUUGAGCGCUUAUCGAAUUUUCGAUGUACAAGUUUACGCUCUGCAAACUACGAUGCAAACUUACAACGUCGGUGUCCUGAUGGCCUCGCACCUCGACAGCCCUUUCGAUUUGGAACGAUGUGGUCCAGCCGUCGACCUGGCUCUCGCAGAGGUCAACGAUCAAUUUCUCACCGAACAUAAUAUUCAACUUCAAAAAGUUCAGGGCAGCUAUCCAUCCUGCAGUGGUGCCCGAGCACCUGGACUGGCUGCCGACAUGCAUUUCCGGGAUAAUGUGAUCGCCUUCAUCGGUCCCGCCUGUGCUUUUGCCCUGGAGCCGGUAGCGAGACUCGCCGCUUACUGGAACAGCCCGAUAAUCACCGGAAUGGGAGAUCAACCACCUUCGGAGGGAGAGCUUUCGGUCACCUCGGGGAUCCUCGGCCGUCUUCACAAAUGGAAAAAUGAAUCGUCGGGAAUAUUCAAAGACAAAAGCAAGUAUCCAACCCUGACGAGAAUGUCGUACUGCCAGUGUCGUCUCCGGCUGGUAUUUUCGAGUAUUUUCAAAGAAUUCGGCUGGUCUCACGUGGCAUUGAUUUUAGACAAGUCCGAUCUGUUUUCUCUGACAGUUGGUAAAAAUCUAGAGUACGGUCUGAGGAAAGAGGGACUUUUGAAAUUUGUCAGAGAACUCGACGGUAACUCGGAGGAGGAACCCUAUCACUUGUACUUGAGAGAUGCAAGCAUGUACGCCAGAGUUGUGAUUCUCAGUGUGCGAGGGACUUUGGUAAGACGAUUCAUGCUCGCUGCUCACACUCUUGGAAUGACGAGGGGUGAUUGGGCCUUUCUCGAUGUCGAAAUAUUCCAGGGUUCCUACUGGGGUGACCAUGACUGGGAAGUCGGUGACGAGGACGAUUCCGUAGCGAGAAAAGCCUACGAAGCUCUCUUGAGGGUUUCUCUCCUGCAACCGACGAGUCCUAGAUUUCACGACUUCGCCGACAAUGUCAGACAAAGAGCUCAGACCGACUACAAUUACACAUUUUCCGAGGGUGAAGAAGUGAAUUUCUUCAUCGGAGCAUUUUACGACGGCGUUUAUCUCCUGGGUAUGGCCUUGAACGAGACUCUGACAGAAGGUGGCGAUAUUCGAGACGGCAUCGCGAUAACUAGACGAAUGUGGGACCGCGAUUUCAUCGGUAUCACCGGUCAUGUGAGGAUCGACGACAACGGCGACAGGGACGCCGACUACAGCAUCCUUGAUCUGGACCCUAUAACGGGAAGAUUCGAAGUCGUCGCUCAUUAUCUCGGACUCAACAGAGAGUACAGUCCGGUACCGGGCAAAAGAAUCCAUUGGCCGGGAGGGAGAGAAGGGCCGCCGGCCGAUGUUCCGGAAUGUGGUUUUUUGGGAAACGAUCCGCUAUGUUCGAACAGAACGGAAGCUUACACCUUCGUGGCAUACUCGAGUUUAGCCUUGGCCGUUUUUCUCAUCGCGAUCGCGGCAGCUUCCUGUGUUCUGUACAGGCACCUCAGGUUAUCUGCGGACUUGAAUAACAUGUCGUGGCGUAUCAGACCGGAAGAACUUUUGCUGGAAGUCGGAAAACCUUUCUCUUCUAAAAUGAAUCUGCAUCAGGCGAUGUCAGAUAUAAACAAUUAUGGGCUUGAAAAAAUGCGUCGAGGUUCAGCCGCAAGCUGCGGUUCGCUACCACCAUCCACGGUUUUCACUACAAUUGGUAUCUACAAGGGUGAGAGGGUGGCAAUUAAAAAAAUUACAAAAAAAAAGGUGGUAGAUGUAACGAAAAAAUUGCUGUGGGAAAUAAAACAGGUCAGGGAUGUCACCUCCGAAAAUACAGUAAGAUUCAUCGGUGCCUGUCUGUGCUCUCCAUCUCCUACGGUCCUGAUUCUUACCGAAUAUUGCCCGAAAGGUUCUCUGAAGGAUGUUUUAGAAAAUGAAGCCAUCCAAUUGGACUGGAAUUUUCGAAUGUCUCUUAUCCACGAUAUCGUCAAGGUAGAGAAGGUGCAAAUGCAGCAUAAUUCGUCAUUUCAAUCGCGCAAUCUCAUCAACACCGAUAGUCCUAAAUUCUACACGUUCUUCAAAUCUACCCAAGGGAUGGCUUACCUCCACGCGAGCGAAGUUUCGGCACACGGAAAACUCCGUUCUUGUAAUUGUUUAAUCGACGGUCGUUUCGUACUCAAGAUAUCAGACUUUGGUCUCAAAACGUUAACCACCCCCUCGGAACUCAUCAUGGACGACAAUUACUACACAAAGUUACUGUGGAUUUCACCGGAACUUGUCCCGUUGACAAUUACACCCGGAAGUGCAGCGACCCAAAAAGGCGACGUUUACAGCUUCGCCGUAAUCUUGGAGGAAAUCGUCGUACGCGGAGGUCCCUACGAGGUCGCUAGGACGUACAUGACGCCCGAGGAAAUCGUCAGCCGAGUGACCACGCCGGAAAACCCGCCGUUCCGACCGGAAGUAACGCCCAGGGAUUGCCCUGCAGAUAUUUUAUUGCUUAUGGAAAAAUGCUGGACAGAAAUACCAGAUGAAAGACCAACUUUUCACGCUAUACGCGGAACGAUUAGGGGAAUCAUGAAGGGCUACUGCGAAAAUCUGAUGGACGAUCUUCUGAGAAGGAUGGAACAGUACGCGAAUAAUCUCGAAGCUUUGGUUGAAGAAAAAACGGAACAACUCAGUCUGGAGAAACGUCGUAGUGAGGAACUUUUGUACCAAGUUUUGCCACGGCAAGUAGCUUGCCAACUGAUGACGGGUGAGCUCGUUCAGCCAGAACAAUUUGAAUGUGUAACGAUAUACUUCAGUGACAUAGUAGGUUUUACUGCUCUCUGCGCCCAGAGCACCCCUAUGGAAGUUGUUGACUUUUUAAACGACCUCUACAGUACUUUUGACCGCAUAAUCGGAUUCUACGACGUUUACAAGGUUGAAACCAUAGGUGACGCGUACAUGGUGGUGUCUGGAUUACCGCAACGUAACGGUGAUGAGCACGCAAGAGAGAUCGGGCUGAUGGCGUUGUCGAUAUUAGACGCUGUGAAAUCAUUUACUAUAUUACACAGACCAGAUGCUCAGCUUAGCGUUAGAAUUGGUGCUCACAGUGGUCCAGUUUGCGCCGGUGUUGUUGGACAGAAAAUGCCUCAUUACUGUUUAUUCGGAGACACGGUAAACACCGCAUCUAGGAUGGAAUCUUCCGGGCUGCCACUACGCAUUCAUGUGUCAGAGGCCACCAAAAAGAUCUUGGACAAGUACGGAACCUUCAAUUUGGAACUUAGGGGGGAGGUGGAGCUUAAAGGAAAGGGACGAGUGACGUCGUAUUGGUUGCAAGGAUGCUCAGAACCUGACCCUAGACCUCCAACACCCAAACAUCGGAGGUACAGCAACAGCCCAAUGGAAAACAACACGGCGUUAAACCCCUUGAUAUUUCCACCGAAUAACGCUAACGGACCCAAAACGAAUAAUACCUUUAUCAAUUUGUCAGAAUUGUGAAUUCGAUGUAUGUGUAAAAAUGUAGAUAGACAUAGCUGGAUAAUUGAUGGAGUCUAAGUUUAUGUUGAUUAUAAUCGGUCGUCAUAUAUCUCUCUGGAGUUCGAGUAGAUCGUUAUACUGGCUGGCACCUCAGCAAAUCGAGUGUGAAGGUACCGGAUCUGAAUUAGUAUGGUUGUGUCCUGAGUAAAUAUAUUUUUUGAUCAUGUUGUGAAUGCGGUAAUUUAAUGUGCGAACAUUAUUUUUGGAAUGAAAAGGACCAAUAAUUAUGUCAUAUCUGAAGCUAUCUCUAAUGAUUGUUGAAUACAUACGAUCUCGAUGCUGUAAAACCGAUAAAUACUUGUUAUCCCGAUCCUGAAUUCUAAACGCGCUCCCGUAAUUGACGAUUUCCAUAUUUUAUAAUUUGAAUAAUUUAUUACUCAGGUACCGAGAAUAUCUACUGAAAAGAACACGUAGCUAAACGCUGUUC